AUGGGUGUCGCUCCGAGCACAACCGGACACGGGGGCGGAGACGGCAGUGGCAAGGACAAAGGUCAGCUUCGGACGGGCGAUCGCGAUGACACGUCGAAGGAUGCCGGCCACACGCAGACCCUCUGGAUACUGAUCUUCCGGGGCUACCCUCGCGAUAUCCAGAGCGCCCGAGUUACCGAGCUGAACAUCGUCUUCGACGACAACGAGAGCCGCAAUCUCACCAUCCGAAUUGAAGGCCACCAUCCCAACUUCCGUGUGAUCGAGGCGUGGAACCAAGGCCACCCCCGAACACGACCCCAUUUUUUCCGACGACUUGCUGUCGCGACCGUCGAAACCACUGCGGACCGCGACACGCGGUUGCGGGAUGCCAUCUUGGGCACUCACGUGAAUAAUACCGAAUCGGAUUGGACGUGUCAGAGCUGGGUGGGCGACGUCCUGACGGCGCUGCAAGAUGCCGCGCUCAUCACCGUCGAGGAAGGCGACAACGCGCUGAACGGGAUGGUCAACUAUAUCGCCCGUGCUCCUUGGCAAUAA